AUGGGUGAAUCCUUAACUGUUGAUGAACUUUGUAAGAAGUUUGAUGAAGAUCUGAAGACUCCAUUGUCAGCUGAAACCUACAAAUCUGUGAUAUAUGAUUUAUUUGAAGAAGUCAAGAAUGGGAAAAUUACUGCUGCUGGAGAUAAUAUAAGAACAAUUAUUGAUAGAGCUACCAAAGAUCACUCAGACACAAAAGAAUAUUUAGCUGAACUCGUCCAGAAGGAUCCAGCUGUGACUUUCGAAUUGUUUAAAUAUAUCAAUAACUCUGCAAUGUUAGUUAGGCUAUUUGAUGAGGUGGAAGAGGCGGAACCAUACUUGGCGCUACUAGAAUCUAGAAUUAGUACUCAACCAAAUGCAGCUUUCAAAUUUACUGUACAGUCUCUAACAGCAUUAUAUCGUGAGUUUGGCUUUGACAUGAUAAACGUAAAAGCAGUGUUACGACCAUUAAUACUAAGAAUAUUAGACACAGAGUCUGUUUUUGAUAUUGCCAUGUUGCUUGCACUAUUCCUAGAUAUCUAUGAAAAAGAAUUCGAGGAUGAAUAUUGUACUGUUAUGGAAGAUCUAAUCAAUGAGGCAGAAAAAGGCUCAGACGAAGAUAUUUUAACGAGUGUUGUUUGCUCAUUGAAUUACACUUAUAUUACUAUGACUGCUGCUUGCACUUUUGUACUUAUGACUAAGAAGGUAAAUAACUUGAUAAUGGCGAGAAUCUCUAAAGGCGAUGAUGAUGAGUUUGUCCAUAGAGUUUUGGCUAUGUUAUCAGCUGCAUGUAUUGACGAAACUGUUAGAGUAUUUAUUGCAGAAAAUUAUUUAUCGAUGCUAGAAAAAGCCUUACAAAUUGACAAAUUUCAAUUAGAAAGUGCACUGGUCUUAAUUAAAACAUGGUCAUUUACAAAGUUAACAAAUGUCAAUAUUCAAAAACUUGCAGAUAUAUUAUUAACCUGCUUUUUGAAAAAUUCAGAAGAGAAAAACAAACAAUUAGAUGUGGCAAUUGAAGGGUUAGCAUAUCUCAGUUUGAAGACAUCGGUUAAGCUUCUUCUUAGACAUACUCCUCGAUUCAUAGAUGUUGUAGGGAAAGUAAUUGAAACCCCGUUCAGUUAUGAGAAUAUUUAUGGGGUUCUUAUCAUGCUGGCAAAUAUUACAUGUCCACCUUCUGAUGAUAAUGAAAUCAAUAAAUCAAUUAGAAACAUUUCGGAUAUUAAUGAUAUGAGGAACCCAGGUCUUUCUAACGACAUCAAUGAAACAAUUAUUGAAGACCCUACUGCAGUCAUCAAAUUCAAUAAAGAAUCUCUUUUAGAUAAUGAAUUAUUAUCUUGUUUCACACAUUUUUACGAAAAUUAUACUCCAGGUUCCGCCAAACAAUUGAUGAGGAUUAUUUAUAAUCUAACAAGAACUAAGUCUCACAUACCAAAAUGUGUGGAACAAGGUUCUAUCCCUUCUAUUUUAGAAUUUGUUCAUACUUACAGAGCGGACGGAAAGUUUGGUCAUAAGAUUGACUUAGAUAUGUCCUAUAUGAGAUUAUUAGCUAUAAGAUCAUUAACUCAAAUGUUAAUUUAUACAGAUCCAAAUGUCAUAUUUCAUAAGAAUUCUCCAUUAGAUGCAAUAUCUUGUUUAUUUGAAUUAUUACCAGUUGUUAACACGUCAGAUUUGGGAGAAGAUAAUAAUAUUUUUAUGAAAGCUAAUGAACAUAUAAAACCUGUCGAUAAAGUGGAAGCCUUAUGGUCGUUGACGAAUCUAGCUACCAUGAAUGGAUCUAUUGGUGAAGAAAUCUGUAAAACUAUUGCUACUAAUGAUGAUUACUGGGAAUGUAUAGAGAAUUUAUUAUUGGACGACACUAUGAUUAUUCAGAGAUCAGCAUUAGAGUUACUUUGCAAUUUAGUGAGUUAUCCUAUCCACGUUGCAUCAAAGAUUUUUAAUUUUGAAAACCCACAAAGUUUACAUAAUUUUAACACUCUAGUUAAAUUAAUAUUAUUGACAGAUGUGAAAUCACAAAGAGCUGUUGUUGCCGUUUUUGCUAAUAGCGCUAAUGCUAUACCAUUUAUUGCAGGAGAGUUAUUGAAAAAGGACGAAUUAAUUAAGAAUUGUAUGAAUACAUUUGCUAAUCAAAUGGAUGAUGCACCAUUAAGACAAAGAUUUAUUAUGUUGUUCUAUGCAUUAUUUGAAAAUGCUCCAUCGCAAGGAGAAGAAGCCAUGAAGAAUUUCCAAAGAAUAUUAGAAUUUAGAGAGUGUGAAAAGUUUACUAAAGCAUUGCAGGUAGCAAUUACAAGAACAGACACCGAUCCAGAAUUUGGAGAUGUUAUACCUGCAAUUCAAGCAAAAUUUCAAAAAAAAGAUUGA